AUGGGCUCCAGUGAUGAUGACCCCCAAAUUGCGUCCUCCAACCCGGUUGCUUCUCUAUCUCCGUCCACCCUCAUCAGCGCCUGUGAUACCUACCGUAAGAAAUUUCCUGUAGCGAACUUUCUUCACUACCCGUCACUUAUUGCCAACAUCUCGACCAAUCCCUCUUCUGUGGACCCGGUUUUCGUGGCCGCAUUGCUCUCCCUCUGUGCCCGCUUCCUCCCGGAGCAUAAUCUGGAUUCUGGCGAAACAUAUGCAGAAUAUGCACGAUCCGAGCUGGCUCACAAGGCCUUCGAAUCUCCUUCACUAUCCCUGGCACAAUCUUCGGUGAUGCUUGUAUUCUAUGAGUGGGGGUCGGGGCGCCCAUAUAAAGCGUGGAUGUAUAGUGGAAUGGCAACUUAUAUGAUACAGUCGCUGUUAAAGACAGCGGACGAUAGUAUGGAGCACAAUCCAGAUGAAUUUCAUGCUUCUCAAAUCCAGUAUGAGCAGCUUGUCCGCACGUAUUGGGUCUGCUUUGCUCAAGAUUGCGAGCUAAGCUCAGGAGCUCGUCAGCACUUUGCCCUAUCCUUUCGUCAUAUUUCUGUCCCCCUACCGGUUAGCGAUUAUGAUUAUAAUUUCGGCCGCCGGGGACCACCUAGAUUGAUGCCCGCUGAUCUUACUCGAGGCUCCCCGCUGUGCGUGAAAUUGACUAUCGAACACGGCCUGACGGUCGUAACGCGCGGCUUCGAUAUAUUCGUGCGCAUCUUACGUUUUGCUAAUGAGAGUCGUCGCGGUCGAGUCUCGUUAACGACGACGGCGCUAUCAUCACCACAGCAAACCUGGCAAGUCCUUAAAGAAGAGCUAGAUGAAUGGAGGUCCCUGCAAGACUCGACUCUUCAAUACCCGGCUACCAGCGUUCAGGUGCAUGUUGCUCUCGGAUAUGGGGAGCUCUUUGCUUAUAUCAACCUGAUUUAUUUCAUGAGCAUCCUCUUCCUUUAUCGGGAUCAGCUUUUGUCUAGCUUAAAGCAAAUCCAUGAUCCACGCCACGAUCCUCAGUCUUCAACUAGCUUAGACGGGACCACUUGGAGCGAAGGUGCCAUUGACCGUCUCUUUGAAGCAGCACAGAAUAUUGGAGGUAUUUUAUCAGUUCUGCAAACCUGUUCAGCGCCUGUUAUCACACCAUAUGCCGGGUUCAGCGUCUUUGUAGCUGCCCAUAUCAAUAUGUACGGAACUGUAUCACCACUGCAAUAUCCGGGUGGACAGGGACGCGCAGAGAAAGAGAAAAAAGCUAAUUUCUCAUAUCUUGAGCGGCUGUGCGAAUUCUGGCCGGUCGGCCACAACUGGUGGCGGGCUGCACAGGACGCAAACAAGUUCUACGAAACGGCUAGGAAUAACCAGGAGCAUGCCCUUUCAGGCGACCGCCCUGGUCAUAUAACGCUGGCAGGGACUCUAGAUGAAUACGGGGAUAUACGGUCUUCUCGUCCGCGGAAUGAGACGUCCUCGAAUACGAGCCACAUUACGCUGCCCAGGGGCCAGACUGACUCUCCUACUCAAACACGCUUACCGUUUAAUGACCAGUUUAUAUUGGACGCUCAAGAAUUGGAGACGGAUAUGUUGCAAUGGCCAUUUAUCGAUGAGACUUGGUCAUCUGGGUUUGAUACGGGGUUUGACGCUGCGUGGCCUAAUUUUGGCUAA